AGAAGCUACAUGGGACCAGAAAACCAAACAAGUAUCUCUGAAUUUCUUCUUCUAGGAUUUUCUGAGAAGCCAGAGCAGCAGCUGCCUCUCUUUGGGCUAUUCCUCAGCAUGUACGUGGUCACAGUGGGUGGGAACCUUCUCAUCAUGCUGACCAUUGGUUCUGAUUCCCACCUUCACACCCCUAUGUAUUUCUUCCUCUCCAACCUGUCCUUAGUGGAUUUCUGUUUGGUGUCUACCUUGGUCCCCAAAAUGCUGGUGAACUUCCUGACACACAGUAAGGCCAUCUCCUAUGCUGGCUGCCUCACCCAGAUGUACUUCUUCAUGGUUUUUGCUUGUUUAGACACCUUACUCCUCACUGUGAUGGCCUAUGAUCGCUUUGUGGCCAUUUGUCACCCGUUGAGUUAUGUGACCAUCAUGAGCCCACAAUUCUGUGGCUUGCUGGUUUUACUCUCCUGGACUAUCAGUCUUCUAAAUUCAGUACUCCAUUGCCUUUUGGUGAUGAAACUUUUCUGUACAGAACAUGAGAUUCCUCUCUUUUACUGUGAUCUUACUCAGAUUCUUAAACUGUCUUGUACCGACACCCUCAUCAAUAAUAUCUUGGUAUAUUUAACAACUGUACUGCUGGGUGUUCUUCCCUUCACAGGAAUAAUUUUCUCUUAUACUCAGAUAUGUUCUUCUAUAAUGAAGGUCCCAUCUGCUGGGGGAAAGUAUAAAGCAUUUUCUACCUGUGGGUCUCACCUCUGUGUUGUUUCAUUAUUCUAUGGAACAGUUCUUGGAGUAUAUCUGAGUUCCUCAGUCACACAGUCUUCUUGGAAGAGCUCAGUCGCCUCAGUAAUGUAUGCUGUGGUUACUCCCAUGUUGAAUCCCUUCAUUUAUAGUCUGAGGAACAAAGACAUCAAAGAUGCCCUGAGAAGACUCAUUAGCAGAAUGGCUUCCUCUCAGUGA